AUGGUAACUGAAAUGUCUGAAAGUAAAAAUCUUCUGAAUAAUAAAUCUGAAUUAUCAAGCGAGGAGAAGUUUGAAAUUCUCGUAUUCGAUGUGCUCUAUAAUUCGGCAGUGGCUCAAUCCCCACUGGUUCCAGAUAAGUCCCAGAUUGUCCUGGUGGACAAGGUUACGAUUCAGCUAGCACGAUCCAAUGAAGAAAGUCGAAAGAUUACGAUUCAGCGAAUACGAUCCAGUGGAGGAGUUCUUAAGAUCACGAUUCAGCGAACACGAUCCAGUGAAGAAAGUCGAAAGAUUACGAUACAGCGAACAAGAUCCAGUAGUGAAGUUUCAAAGAGCGUUUACAAGCAAAUGUUGACGGAUGGACGGACCGACGGACGAACCGACCGACGGGCGGACGGGAGUGCCGACAAUAUACGUACACAUAGAGAGAUGUGUGCUUAUAAAAAUCGACGCUGGACACCAUAUUAA